UUUCUGAUUUUCUCAUUUAAAACCCUUAUUCUUUUAAAGCCUUCACGUUCAAAACGUCAAUAUAUUACCAAUGCCAUUCCCCAAUCAACAUCUUCCUGCAAUUGUCUUUCAAAAUAUACCCCAGUUAAUUGUAAAUGUACAGGAAUGCCAUCAAUUAGCGAUGAACUUUUAUGUCGCUGCGAUCGCGCAAGUUUGGCCAGGGAAGAGGAGAAUAAACAACAAUGCCCUUGUCGUAAUAAAGGAGCGGCAAAUGGCUGGGGAGAAUCUGAGGGAGGAUAUUUCCCUGUCUAUCGCGGAGAAGAAAGAAGUUCAGAUUUGUAUCCUAGAGCACUCAGCCCAUCUGUUAUUCAUUCUGCUUGCCAUCCGAUUUGCCACCAGUCAUGUUUAAGUACAUGUACUCGUCCUUAUACUCGCGAAGUUGACCCUUAUCGAGAAAGAGAGCGUUAUAGCAGUGGAUAUGCUAACGAUCAGGACCCUCAAUCAGAAAAUUCUUUAUUAGCAGCUGAUUACUCCCCUACUGGAUGUCAAGUAUCUCACUGCAGAUCAAAUUGCUUAAAGGCUUUACCCUAUCAAGAAAUAGAACCCCCAACACCUUCGCACUACGAGGUUCGUCCUGUUGACAGACCUAUUUACGUAACUAGACUUCCUCCGCUACAGACAGACUAUGGAGCUUCUGCUCUGUCUAGUUGUCAAUGCUCACCUGAUGCAAUUUGCGAGUGCCCUGAAAAUUGUUUCCCCGUUUGUUUUGACUCUUGUGAGGCAAAUUGUGACAAACAACAAAUUAAAACUUCUCAAAAUAAUAACCAAAAACGAUUGUGUGCCCAAACAUGCCAUUUUGAUUGUCAAAGAAAUUGUGCUGAAAAACAACAACAAAAACAAGCUAGAAGAAGAUUGGGAGGAACGGAAAUAUUUUCAUCUGGAACAAGUUCUCCACCUCCAACAUUGACUUCUAUAGCCGUUACAGAGAAUAACAAUGAUUUGAACAAUAAUUUACAACAACAAACAGUAAUCAACGGACCAGCAACAAAUUGUGUAGCUCGUUGUCCAAAGUCUUGUGUUGUCAGUUGUCUAAGCACUCAAACAAACGAGGAUCCAACAAUUUGUGUUCCAGCAUGUGUUGCUGUUUGUGCUCAAUCUUGUUCUCGAGGUCUUCAACAUUUCGAUUCUCUUCCACAACAAAACAAGGGGGAAUUAAUUAAAUCAGAAUCACAAAUUCAACAACAAUUACAACAAAUUUUAUUACAAGGGCAUCGGAAUGAAGGUCUAGAGAAUGGAACUUCGUAUUCUAAUGUUACUGUCCAAUCAGAAAAUGAAAAGAAACAAAUGUUGGUGACACAGCCAUCGAUGUUUCUGAAUGAUGUUGAUAGAGAAGUUAGUCCACAAAUAGGGAUAUGUGAGGGAUUAGUUAAAGAUGAGUGAAAGCCUCGGGAUAUCUGGGAAGGGGUAAGCUAAGGUAACGAUAAGAAAUGAGAUUCCCGGGAUAUAUAGGAGGGUGGGAUAUGGUAAGACGAAAGGACCUCGGGAUAGUGAGGGUGGGAUAUAUCCAAAACGAGAAAUAAGCGCCUUGGGAUAUAUGGCAAGGACGAGAAGUGUGAGCCACUGAUCUAACGCCAUCUUAACAGUGGAAGUCAGAGUCCGUUUGUUAGU